AUGGGAAUGCUAACCUUCGGUCGCUUCCUCAGCCGGCCUUAUCCCCAUUAUCGGGACGGUCCAACCCUCUUCUCCUUCCAACAACAGUUCCUCAUGGAGGAAUCCAGCGCGCGCGAGCGCCGCAAGUCUGACUCGACCAUGGGCGCGGACUCGCUGGCUACAACCCCUUCGAUCGAAGAGAUGGUCGACAACCCGUUCCUGGAUGACUUCGAGCACGAUGACUAUUACUCGCCGCCCGCCUCCCCCGGCAAGCUUUCGCGCAACCCGUCCUUCUCCAAUAGCAGUUCCUACCAGGAGGACUGGGAGACGUUUCCGCCACUUGACAAGCUCACCAUCUUCGAUCUCCUCGACAACAUCCAGCUGUCGCAGCGGUUCGAGAAAUGGCAGAAUGCGCUCAACAUGCAGCGCGAGAAAGUUCGCAAACAACGCGAGAAGCUGCGGUCGACGGGAAUAAACGCCAAGGAUCGAGUGAUGGGCGAGUUCAAGCGUCGAGUACCGACCGCUGAUGAGCAGCUGGAAAAGUACCGCCGCCGCAUGAAGGAUGGCGUCGAGCGUCUGGGUAAACAGUGGAACAAGACGGCCACCGUGACUCUGCGCGAGAAGAUCUCCUUCAUUGCUGGUGUGCUCAACAUCUUCAUCAGUGGUUAUCUCAUCGGUGCCUGCCCCCAGUUCUUCUACUACUGGUUCACCGCGCAACUGGCCUACUUCAUGCCCAUCCGCUACUAUACCUAUCAUGCCAAGGGAUACCACUAUUUCUUGGCCGAUCUGUGCUAUUUUGUCAACCUGCUCUGCAUGCUUUCGAUCUGGGCCUUCCCGGGUUCUAAGCGGUUGUUCAUCAGUACUUACUGUUUGACCUUUGGAAACAACGCCGCGGCCAUCGCCAUGUGGCGUAACUCUCUGGUCUUCCACAGUAUGGACAAGGUGGUCAGUCUAUUCAUUCACAUCAUGCCUCCAGUUACGCUGCACUGCAUCGUUCAUUUGACUCCCGUCGAGAUGCUCAAGGAACGGUUCCCAGCUGUCUAUGCUAUCAAGUUUAGCCAGCCUGGGGAUCCAGAACACUACUCUCUGGGUGCAAUGAUUGUGUGGGCCACCGUACCUUACCUCUUUUGGCAGCUGUCGUACCACUUCAUGAUCACCGUUCGCCGCGCCGACAAGAUCGCUGCGGGGCGUCCGACAAGCUUUACUUGGCUCCGCAAGUCGUACGCCAAGGCCUGGAUUGGCAAGUUUGUUCUCAGCCUACCAAAUGCGCUGCAAGAGCCCGCUUUCAUGUUAAUUCAGUACACUUUCGCUCUGUCCACCAUGAUUCCCAGCCCGAUCUGGUUCUGGUCGCGAUGGGCGAGCGGUAUCUACAUGUCCGCCCUGUUUAUCUGGAGCAUCCAUAACGGAGCCACCUAUUACAUCGAUGUCUUUGGCAAGCGCUUCCAGAAGGAGUUGGAGCAGUUGAGGAAGGAUGUCGUGCGAUGGCAGAGUUCUCCUGACUUUGCCACUAGUCCGCUCAUUCUCCCCGAUAGCUACACUCCUGUCAGUGGCGCUCUCGGUGCUCCCGAUGCACGCGCUCGUCUGGAGAAGCGCGGCAGCAUCGACCGGAUUCCGCUUCUGGAUCCCACUUCGGCGGGAACGACCACUGCGCAUGAGGCUCCUGUAGCCACCGAUUCCACCGUUCGUCAGAGAUCUUAG